CCGGUGUCGAGGGUUCCGCCGCAUCGUCGCAUCGCGCGCGGGUCACGCCCUGGAUCGUCCGCGCGGAGGCGUCUCGGUCGUCUUCCCCCGGAGGAGGGUCAGAUCGGCGCGGUACGCGCGCCGUCGUCGUCGUCGUCGUCGUCGCUCGCUCGCUCAGAUCGAUCGAUCGAUCGCGUCCGAGUUCUAUACACUGGUCCCCAUACGACCGCGUUGGCGUGGUGAACGCCGAUCCUUAAGGACUUUCGCCGUCGUUUCUCUCCGCCCAUGGGGCGACUCGCGGGCUUCGGCCGGAGCGCGGACGGCGUCGGCGUCGCCACGCGAGAGGGCUUCGCGGAGGUCCUCCUCGAGGAGCACGCGUCCCACCGCGUCGUCCUCGCCCCCGGCGCGGUCGAUCGCGUCGUGCGCACGAACGCGCGCGACGUCAGCGGCGGCGUCGCCGUCGACGACGCGACGGGCGCGACGCGCCUCGUCGGCUGGUCGAUCGACCCGGAGGACGGCGCCGCGGUGCUCCUGACCGAGACGCCGCUCCUGACGCGCGCCGACGCCGCCGCGGACGCGCGCGACGGCCCGGGCCCGUCCAAGUCGCACGCCGUCCGCGUCGUCUUCCCGCGCGCGCUCGCGCCGUGCGCGGCGCUCGCGCCGCCCACCCUUCGCGCGAGGCGCCUCGUCCUCGUCGUCGCGGACGUCGACGGCGCGCUCUACCGCGUCCGAAUCGACGCCGAUUCGGCGCUGUCGUCGUCGUCCGUCCGCGCCUCGCGGCGCCCGUGCCUCCUCGCGUCGUUGACGCCGAGCGACGUGAUCGCGUCGCCUCGCGCGUCGCCCGCGCUGUUAGCGCCGCUGGAGGGGAUCACGACGAUGCGCGCCGUCGGCGGCGACCUCGUCGCCGUGGGCGGCAAAAGCGGCAGGACGGCGGUGCUCUUCGCCGACGAUCUCUCCCCAGCCUGCGAGUUGAAACCGCCCACGCUCGCGCGUUUAUGGAACGCGGUCGCGGGCACCGGCGGUAUGGGCGGCGAGCACGAGAUCCGGGCGCUGUGCGAGGUGCCCAACGACGCGGGCGCGACGCUGCUGGCGUCGCUGCGCGCGGAUUGUCACCUGCAAGUGCACGAGCUGUCGACGCCGCACAAGCCGAUCGCGGUGCUCGGCGCCGCGCUGCCCGCGGUCGGCAUCGGCGGCGUGAGCGGCGGCGGCGGCGAGGGUGAUGAAAUCCAGGGAGAUGGCGCGAACGGCGGCGAAAGAGCGCGCGAGGCGGUGACGAUGUGCGUCGGCGACGGAUACCUCGCGGCGACGACGCGCGAGGAUCAAUCCUCGGAGCGGACGGCGACGCACGUGUACCAGCUCCGGCUGGACGCCCACCACGCGAGCGUGACGUACCACUCCCCGGUCGUGGACGGCGACGGCGUGACGUCCGCGAUCGCGAUCUGCGACGGCGUGUUGUGGGCGCUCAGGGAGGAGGAGGAGGAGGAGGAGGAGGGGGACGAGAUGAAGAAGACGUCUCGAUCGCGUUCGAUCGACGCGGGCGCGGGGACGACGAGGAGGGCUCCUUCGCGGACGAUCAAGGCGUGGCCGCUGGAGGCGCUGAACAGAUCGCACCCGUGCGACGACCUCGCGGACGCGGCGUCGCACCUCGCGCAGUGGAGCGCCGGCGGCGGCGACGCCGCGGGCGCGGCGAGCGCGCUGCUGGGCCUCGCGGGCGACGGCGGCGGCGGCGGCGGCGCCGGGGAAAUCGCGGACGCGAUGAGCGCGCAGCUCUCCGCGCACGGCGUGAGCAGCGACGUCGUCCUCCGUGAAGCGCUGCGCCUCCGCGAGCUCCCGGCGCCGCCGCGCGGGAUGCCCGCGGACCGCGCCGCCGCGGCCGCGAUCGCGUUCGCCGCCGGCGGCGACCGCGCGGCGGGCGCCGACUCAGUAGACGCGUGGGCCCGCCUCGCGACGUCCUACGCGGCGGCGUGGAAAUCUCGACGCGCCGUUAACGGCCUCGUCCCCGUCGCGGGCUGCGCGCUGUGCGUCUCCAGAGGCGGCGCCAUCGGCGUCAUGCGCCCGCUGGACGCGCUCGAGGCGACGCUCGCGUCUGCCGCGGCCGCCGCGAGCGCGCCGGGGUACGGCUCGGAGAAGGGCGUCCGACGCGGCGGGUUCGCGCUCCCGGCGACGGCGACGCCGGCGACCAAGGCGAUGACGAUCGGCGCGUACCUCUGCGCGCUCCUCGGAUCCCCGGGGUGUCACGCCCUGGAUCUCGUCGCGUCCGGCGGGGUUUGCGCGGGCGGCGGCGGCGGCGGCGACUCGGACGCGCGCGUGGCGACGGAGGAUUGGCUCGACGCGGCGACGGCGCUGGCGGGGGGGAAGGCGACGGCGGCGGCGACCGCGCGGAGUAGGGCGGCGAUGGACGACGUCGCCAAGGCGGCGUCGCGCGAGCGCCGCGCGACGCAGCGCAAGCUCGCGGGGUCGCUGCGGAAGCUCGUGCGGUCGCUCGGUGCGUCGCCCGCGGACGCUGUGUCGUCGGCGCUCGACGCGUUGGAGUGGAUCAAAGUCGAUCGAUCGCUGCCGCCGCCCGGGGAGACGACGACGACGACGACGUGGCCGAGCGUCGUCGAGGCGCGCGCGGCGCGGCAGCACGCGAACGCGCGUGUUGCCGCGUGCCGCGGGUUGCUGCUCUUCCUCGGCGCGUGCAGAUGGGGCGGCGAGCGCGUCGGGUGCGACGCGGCCGCCGCCGCGGCCGCCGUCGCGACGCUCGCGCGAUGCGCGGCGGCGCAUAAGACGGCGCUCAUCGCGCGAUGGCUCGUCGCGACGCCGUGCGCGGGCGCCGCGGCGGCCGCCGCCGCGCCGUCGCCGCCGCCGCCGCUCGCGUUCGCGGUGCUUCCUUCCGGGGAAAUGCAGAAACGCAUCGGUGGCGGUGGUUUUUUCUGGGGGCGCGGGUCCGCGGCGUUGACGGCGGCGGGCGCGUCGCUCGCCGCCGACGUUGUCUGCGGCGCCUCGGGCGACGGCGGCGGCGCCGGGAACGAGCUCAAACGCGCGGUCGAGAUCGGCGCGGAGCUCUACGCCGGCGGCGAGCUCGACGCGCUGGGCACGCUUCUCGAGCUCUCCCGAGCGCCCACGCCCGGCGACGUCUCGGACGACGCCUUCGACGCGCCGGCGUUGCUCUUUUUGCAAGCGUUGCGCGCGAGCGCGGACGUCGCGAGCGCGGCGACCGACGACGCGCUCGACGCGGCGACGCGGCGCGCGACGCGGCUCUUCUUCCGCGCCGCGAGCGGCGUCGGCGGCGAGAGAGAAGACGACGAGCUCGUGCAGCACCUCGUGAAGCUGCUCCGGGGGUUGAUGUCGGGGUUCCCCGCCGCCGCCGCCGUCGCGUCCGCGCCGGCGUCGCGUCUGGAGUACUACGAGACGCUCAUGCUCUUCUUCGAGCGCUUGGGCUGCGGCGAGGGCGCGAUGCAGUGCGCGCACGCGGCGCUGCGCGAGGUGGACGCCGCGCCGCCGGACGACGCCGACGCCGAUUCGAUGAGCGGAUCGUCGCCGGAAGAACGCCGAGCGUCGCGCGCGGCGCGUCUGUGGGCCAACUUGCUGCAGUACGCGCUCGACGUCGGCGAUUGGCGCGGCGCGUACGCCGCGGUGCUCAGCGUCCCCGGCGCCGACGCGCAAACGGCUGGAAUCCGACGGUUAGUCGCCGCGAUGUGCGAGCCCGGAGACGUUCGACAGGGCGCGGAGGCGCUCGUGUCCUUGCCGUUCGGUGACGACCGGCUCCCGACGGUCGUGCGCGCGUUGGAAGGGCGCGCGGCGUCGUCGCCCGUCGACGCGACGCCGCACCCUUCGCUGAUGCUUCACGCGUUGUUCGUCUCGCGCGGGCGGCCGAGGGACGCCGCGGGGGCGACGCUGAGGCACGCGCGCAGGUUGCGCGAGGCGGUGACCGUCGCCGCGGAUGCCGUGGAGGGGAGGGCGUCGCCGGCGUCGUACCGCCCGACGACGCCGGGGCGGGUCGCCGGCGUCGUCGCGCCCCUCGCGCCGACGACGGGCGAUCCGAGGGCGCGGCUCUCGCGCGCGCUCGAAGCGCACGUCGCCGCGCUGCUCGCGACGAUCAACGCGCUGCGUCUGUGCUCUCCGAAAGAACGCAGCGUCGUCGAGCGCGAGCGCGACCGCGUCGUCGUCGACGGCGUCGACGCGAAGACGGUCCGCGACGAGGACGACGUCACGGCGACGGAGGACGAGCUCGGACGGAGCGGCGACGACGGCGCGGCGACGGCGACGGCGACGACGGAGACGGAGACGGAGACGGAACCGCGCGAGGGAACGACGACGACGACGGGGUUCGCCGCGCGUCGGAAGACGCCGCCGCACCCGAAACGCCGCCGCAAGACGCCGCCGCCGCCGGACGCCACCACCCUCGGCGCGCUCCUCCGCGAGUACGUCCUCGCGGCCGCGCGCGCGGAGCUGUUGGCCGCGGGCGCGGAGACGCAAAGUCUCGGCGCGUCGUCGUCGGCGCCGCGCGACGCGGAGCAGAUUCCCGGCCUCGUCGCGUCCGCGCUGUGCCACGGUCUGUUUCGAACCGCGACGACGCUCGCGACGCACUGGUGCGAGGGCGAGGCGCUGACGAAGCAGGUGACGAUCAUCGCGGCGACGCUCGCGGCGAGGGCGGUGCUGGCGCAGACCCGCCGCGGCGGCGGCGGCGGCAGCGGCGGCGGCGGCGCGCUUUCUCUCGGGGUGUCCUCCGCGGCGGACGCGACGGCGCGAGGCGCGGCCGACCGCGUCGGCCCCGCCGACCUCGUCGGCGGCGACGCCGCCGCGGCCGCAGACGAUGUCGACCCCGCGGCCGCGUGGGCGGCGCUUCGGAGCUUUCUCGAGACGCAUGACACGGCGGCGCGAAAUUUCGCGCUCGCCGAGGCGGCGGCGCGUGCGACGCUCGCGACGAGCGCGUCGAUUCGUCUUCCGCAGUGGCUCGCCGCGCGGUUCACCGCGGGGAGGGACGCGCCGAGCGCGUCCUCGGGGAUGGCGCGGCGCGGCGCGAACCCGACGGCGUUGAUAUCCGCGUACGUCGCGCACGGGCGCGCGGAGGAGGCGGCGCGCGUCGCCAUCGCCGAGUUGAGGCGGCACGAGAUCGCCGCGGACGCGACGACGCGGACCAAGUUUUUGUCGUCGUGGUUCCCGGAGCCGCUGCUGCGACACGUCGCGGACGCGACGCGGGACGCGCCCGCGCUCGCGGGGUUGCGCGCGGAGCUGGAUGGGUUGUUGGACUCGAGGAGGAAACGCGCGGAGGCGGAUUCAAAGCGGCUGGCGUCGUUCGCUUCGUAG